AUGGGUUCGAGUCAAUCCCGCGAGCAUGCCGGCCAUGCAGAGACACAAUCACAAACACAAUCCUACCGCGACCGAGACGACGACACGGUGACCGACGACACCGACUCGAGAAGUUUCCAAUAUGUCGCUCCGAUCCCAGAGCCUACGAUGAACGACGAUGACGAUGAUAUCGAUGACCCCGUACGAUCUAAUGGAAACGAAGCCGAAAAACAAGCGACCUGGAUGUCGCUGCCCAAAAAGUCCCAACUCGCCAUUUUGACCUUUGCACGUCUAUCGGAACCUCUCACGCAGACGUCCCUUCAAGCGUAUAUGUUUUACCAGCUCAAGUCUUUUGAUCCCUCGCUGCCUGAUUCGACGAUUUCUGCGCAGGCGGGUAUGCUACAGGCUUGUUUUACGGCGGCGCAGUUCGUUUCUUCCGUUUUUUGGGGGAGAUUGGCGGAUGCAGAUGCCGUGGGACGGAAGAAGGUGUUGCUUAUUGGACUGCUGGGGACGUCGAUAUCGUGUCUUGGAUUUGGGUUUUCCAGAUCCUUUGUGACGGCGGCGGUGUUUAGAACGCUGGGUGGCAUGCUGAAUAGUAACAUCGGGGUGAUGAGGACCAUGAUUGCCGAGAUGAUCGAGGAGAAAAAGUUUCAAGCUCGGGCGUUCCUAUUGCUGCCCAUGUGCUUCAACAUUGGAGUUAUCAUUGGUCCGGUGUUCGGGGGUAUGCUUGCUGAUCCGGCGGGUAGUUAUCCUGGUCUAUUUGGACCUGGGUCGGUGCUUGGGGGCAAGGAUGGAGUUUGGUGGAUGCAGCAGUGGCCGUAUGCGUUGCCGAAUGUGCUGAGUGGGAUAUUUAUCUUUUGCUCAAUGGUGGCUGUGUUUUUGGGACUGGAUGAGACACAUGUGAUUGCGCGGUAUCGCGAUGACUGGGGCCGGAACUUGGGCCGGAGACUCGCCAGAUCCGUCUCGAGAAACCGCAUCCCUCGAUACUAUCGACCUCUAACCGACCAGCCAGAAGACAAUUCCUUGUACGAUGACGGUGACGAGAACGAGUCUGCUCCGACUCCAACUCCCCCAAUCCGACCACAAUACAAACGCCCGACAUUCCGCCAAACCUGGACUCGGAACGUCCUUUUAACGCUGCUAAGCAACUUCCUGGUCGCCUUCCACACCAGCGCCUUCAACUCCAUGACCUUUACGUUCCUACCCACUCCCCGCGCCCCAGAAGGGAGUUGGCACGGUAUCUUCUUCGGCGGUGGGCUGGGUCUCCCGUCUCCACGGGUGGGUCUGGCAACGGCUAUCAUCGGGGUCAUCGGUCUCCCGCUCCAGAUCUUCGUUUAUCCCGGUAUGCAAGCCAAAAUGGGCACAUUAUCAUCCUUCCGCACCUUUCUACCUUUUUCUGCGAUUGCAUACGCAUUGGCGCCCUUUCUUGUGCUCAUCCCGCGUCAUCCGGCCCUCGUCUGGCCUGCGUUCACCUUCGUCGCGGCACUACAGGUUAUCUCUCGGACAUUCGCGCUGCCAGCUGGUAUCAUUCUUGUCAACAACUGCGUCACGAACCCUGCUGUUCUGGGUACGAUCCACGGGGUCGCACAGAGUGUGUCGAGCGGAGCACGCACGCUGGGACCAUUUGUAGGUGGUUGGGGAUUGGGAUUGGGACUGCAGUAUAAUUUCAUCGGAGGAGUGUGGUGGUUUUUGGCGCUGGAAGCGAUGGCCGGGUGGUUGUUGUUGUGGACGAUAUACGAAGGAAGAGGGAUUGGAAGGUGA